AAAAAGAAGAAAACAUCGGCUUGAGGAAGGUACGCGACCAAUUUCAUUAGAUUUAUGUUUGUUUAUGGCCAUAAAUUAAGCGCAUGGAAGUAUCUGCAGAGGGCAGGUGAUAAAUGCUCAUAUUUCAACUCCAGUCAGACUAAGGUAGUGUUUCUGAGGGACAUUUUACAGCGCUACGCUCCUGCUGGGGAAGUUUGUUCUGACACGUGAGGGGAAAAAAUGGCUUUUGCCAACUUAUUCUCUGGACUGUCUGCUAUGACUGAAGAUGCGGGGAGCCCAGGUGAAUCUGACAUCACAUUCAGCAACAGAACGGAGAAUGGCUCGAGAGGGAGGAAAAGGAAAACGCAGUGGGAGAUUCCCGGCUCGUACAAGAAGAAUGAUGUUGAGACUGCAUCCACAUUAUCAGACAUUAUUAACUCAGAAUAAGUCAGUCCAGAGAUGCCUGAAGAAAGUUAUGUGCAAAUGUUAUGAGAGAUUUCAUCAGUUCCAGUCCAAAGACAACUUUACCUCCUGGAGCAAACCCUGCCAGGAGCAGGUCAUAGAGAGUGAGCGCUCUUCUCCAGCCCAGAAAUACAACCACAGCUUUAACUCCACUUGCAACCUCAGGCAGAACGGCAGCGGUCAGAAUUAUCAAACUUAUUCUGGCAAAAAAAAGAAAAGGAAUAAAGGGAAGAAGAAGGGGAAGAAUCGGCAUCAUGAUGAUAGAGGCCCAAGACCAAUAAAGGAGGAGAGACCAAAAUUCAUGACCCAGGAGUUUAAGGACCAGAACGCCCUGUUGGUGGACGGGCGUCUAGUGUGUCGACAUUUUCUCUCCGGACGAUGCAUUAAGGCGGAUCAAUGCCAGCUGGAGCAUUUUCAAGGUUACAACGACAUCAUAAAAGAAGGCUGCAAAUAUUACAUCAGGGGAUUCUGCAUCAACGGGCAGAGCUGCCCUUACAUGCAUGAGUCGUUUCCGUGCAAGUUUUUCCACAAGAAAGGAAAUUGUUUGCAAGAAGGAAACUGCAGGUUCUCCCAUGAGCCGCUCAACGACGUCACUGAAAAACUGUUGGAGGAGGCCAUGGAACAAGAAAGAGCCUUUUACCAACUUGCAAAGACAAAUAAAGAGGAGUCAGAACAGCAGAUGGACGCACAGGAGACCAAACCUGCUGAAGAAAACAAGAACCCAGAUUUGAUCUCUCAACCUCUCAGGCCAAGCUUUUACAACAGCACGGAUGCUGAGAAGGAACCCCUCCAGCAGCCUGAUGUUACAGAACAGUGUGCGUCAGACGCCAACCAGCCUCCCAGCUCUUCACCAAGCACUCAGAACCAACAGGAGCCAGUCUGCUACUCGGUGGAAGCCAUACUUGGACCUCAGCUGUCCAGAACUUUCUUCAGUUUCUCCAAAACUCCCGCAAGUCAGGAUACUUCAUCUGCCUCUCACCCUCAAACUUCUUCUGACAGACCUCAUCCAAACCAACCCAAAGCCCCCAACUCAGCUGAAGCUGUCUUCAGCUCCAGUAAAUCUGCAGAUAAUUCCUCUAACAGCCAAACACCUGAUCGUCCUAGAGAGCGGACCGUAUGUUACGCACCUCAUGUCAUUUCAGAAAAGAUCCAAGCUCCUCCUUUUAGAAUAGAGGAGCCACGUUCAUCUCUCAGAGUUAUAGAGAAUGGAUGUCGACAAACAUUGCCAGAGAGCUUGUCGUGUCUCGAAGUGAAAAACCGCCCGACUCCAAACUCCGUACCAGUUCUCUCUCAUACAUCUGGGGACGAGAAGGAGGGGCAGAAAACUUGCUUCAAACAAAAGUUAUUGCAUCGUCCAGAGAUGUCUGCGUCUUCCAGAAGCAGAGAAAUCGAGGAUUCGCUGGCAGGAACUAAACCCGUUGAACUCUUUGCAGGACAGGCGUGUCUUCUGAAGCAUCCGAAGCCGGAUCUCUCCAAAGGAAGAGGUGCUGUUCCAGAUGAACCUGUAAUUGGAUGUAAGAAAAGAAGAGAAGCGGGUGAUGUUGCAGUUAAUCACUUUGAACUCACUAAUAUUCUUCCAAGCUUCAAAAGGAAACAUUCCGAUGCCCAACCUGCAACACUAGAACAUCACUCUUCUAAAACCUCCAUAAAAUUCAGCAGCGACACAGCAAAUCAGGGAGAUUUUUCAUCUGAAAGUAAUAAAACCGUGAAAAGAUCGUUCAGUAGCCUUUUUGCAAGCCCACUCUCUGACGGUGUUACACCAGGAUCAAACUCUUUGACUGCAGCUGUGAGACCUCAGCGGUCUGCGGAUGUCCAGAUUCCCUCCUUGCCCUUCUGCAGCCUUUUUGCUUCCCCUCUCAGUGAGAAUUCGCCUUCUUUUCCAAGCUCAAAGACUCAAACGGCGGAGUUCGCCGCUCCUCCUUGCAGGCAGAAGUCGGCUGAGAGUGUGGCAUCAAAACCCAAACAGAGAGAGACUGAUCGAAGGUGCUUCCCAUCCCAGGUUAGAAUGCAUCACAGGCGCUGCAAAACUGAAAACGAUGCUGUGAAGCCGCCGUCGGCUGCAGUUUGCAGCAUUUUAUCCGGCUCCGCUUGUGAGCCGUCUUCAAGUCGGACGAAUCAGAACCAGCCUGACAUUUCAUCCCCAAAAGAUGCUUCAGCACCUUCAAUCCUGAAGUCCCUCUUUGUGCAGCUGAGGCCGUACCCAGAGGACGGAGGACAAAAGGGCUCCGGUCAGAGCAGAGACCAGUCAGUGUAUUGAGACACCUGGCAGACCGGCAGCCCCCCUCUCAGCCGUUCUCCGUCUGUCACCAGUCCAGGUGUAAGUAAGGCUCAGGUGAACAAAUCUCGCUCACACUGCUCACCUUUCAGCCCACUGGCUCCACAGCGGACAGAGAGGGAGGCCAGAAUCAGAAGAAAGAGAAUGGAAAAAAUCUGGAGCAAAACCAAUGAAACGCCUUUUAAAGACUUAAAAAAAAACACAGACCUGUGAUGCAUGUUUGGAGUUCAGUGUAGCUUGUAUGCAUUGGCUAGUUUUAAAUAUUUCAUAAUUGGAAAAAUCUAAAUAUGUAAUUUAAUUAAAGUGAAGCUUUUUUUUUUAGAUUCAAUCCACUCAAAGGGAUAUAUUUCAGUGGCAUAUUUCAAGUGUGUGUUUAUGCUCAUUUUUAUGGAAUUGUCUUAUAGCUGAUGAAAACUAUAAAUUCUGUUUCUCAGAAUUUUAUAAAAGGCUAAUAAAAAAAAAAGGAUGUGAUACUUUG